ACCCAACUUCCCCCACUUCUUCCACCACUGUCCCGCUCCAUCGCACCCGCUUUGCUUACAUUGCCAUUACCCAUCAUUCAUUUUUUUCUUUCUUUCUUCUUCUUCCGUUUCUUUUGCCUCUUUCUUUUGUCUUCUUCCUUUGAAUUUUCAUUUUAUAUUUAAAACCAAAGAAAGAAAAAAAAAACCUUUUUUUUGUGGCUUUUAAUUUAUUGGGUCUUGUUCUUCUUCUUCUUCUUCUUCUAUUAGCCGUUUCAUCUCUUCACAAAAGCAUCUUCUUUUCUCUGUCAAGAUCCUGAAUCAUCGGAUCUGAAAGGAGAACUAGAGUUUCUUGAAUCUUACUGGAAAUCUCUGUAAAAGGGUUUUAUAUUCUUCUGUUAGUAACUCUAGAUCAACCGAGAGAGUCGAAUACUUAACAUUCAUAAUACUUUUGUUGAGGAAGAUGCUAAGCGGAAACAAUGGAAACACCGUUCCACCGGUUUUCAUGAACGAGAACCAGUUGCAAUACCAGACUAACGUACAACCGAAUCAGCUUCAUUUGUUCAAUACCAUGGGAGGUGGAUGCACUGUUGUUGAUCCAGUUAACUAUUUUGCUAACGAUAACCUCGUUCCAAUGAUUCGGCCUAACAAAAGAGGAAGGGAAGCCGAAAACUUUAGUAAUAUUCUAAGACAGCAGAAGCUUCAGAUGUCUUUGAAUUAUAAUCAUAACAACAUUGGUGUUCGAGAAGAAGUCCCUAAGGAGAAUCUAGUCUCAACUGGUCUUACACUAUCUUAUGAUGACGAUGAACGCAACUCUUCGGUGACUUCUGCUAGUGGUAGCAUUGUAGGUGCUUCUCCUAUCUUCGAUGAUAGUCUUAGGACUGACCUCCAUAGACAAAAAGAUGAGCUUGACCAGUUCAUCAGGAACCAGGCAGCUCAAAUGGCGAAAGGUGUGAGGGAUAUGAAACAGAGACACAUUGCGUCUUUUCUCACCACUUUAGAGAAAGGAGUGAGCAAGAAGCUUCAAGAGAAAGAUCACGAGAUCAAUGAUAUGAACAAGAAGAAUAAGGAGCUCGUGGAGCGGAUAAAGCAAGUGGCGAUGGAAGCUCAGAAUUGGCACUACAGAGCAAAGUACAAUGAGUCUGUGGUUAAUGUCUUAAAGGCAAAUCUCCAACAAGCAAUGUCACACAACAACAAUGUCAUGGCUGCUGCAGACCAAGGCAAAGAAGGGUUUGGAGACAGCGAAAUAGAUGAUGCAGCUUCGUUAUACAUUGAUCCAAACAACAAGAACAAGAACAACAACAUGGGGAGUCAGAGGAUGAGAUGCAAAAUGUGCAGCGCAAAGGAAGUAUCGGUGUUGCUUGUGCCAUGUCGGCACUUGAGUUUGUGUACAGAAUGCGAUGUAUUCACUAAGAUUUGUCCUGUAUGCAAGUCUUUGAAAACUUCUAGCGUUGAAGUCCUCUUUUCUUGAAUUUGUGAGCAAAUAGAUCAGAAGAAAACAAAGUAAAAAAAGAGAGAGAGAAUGAUAUAUAAGUCCUUCAAUUCCUACUCUUAUAUAAAACAAAUUAUCUAUAAUCAUGUAAAAAUUAUUUGUA